CCAUGCCUUCAUGUCUCCUCUCCCAUCCACACAUUUAUGAGUAAGAGUAGCCCAUGCCACCUCCACAGAACUGAGCAAGUGAGCAGUACAAGCUCUGCCGCCAUGUAUCACCAGCAGCCCCCAGCCGUUGAGUCUCCUCCCUCCCCGUGUUGAGCCAAGAGCUGCGAGGGGAGAUCGGUCCUCUACUUCAUAGGCUUCCUAAUCAGGUAUCAUGAUUUGUUCAUAAAUGCGACCCAUAUCUUCAUCAAUCAUCAUCAUUAAAAGAAAAGGGGAAGGUGUGAAUCAUCCAAAAUGGAGUUCGCCACUGGGGCAAUAGGCACUCUCCUCCCCAAGCUAGGCAAACUACUUAGUGAGGAGUAUAACUUGCAAAAAAAUGUGAAGGAGGGAAUCAAGUUCCUCAAGAUUGAGCUCGAGAGCAUGCAACUUGCCCUUAAGAAGAUCUCAAAUGUGCCACUAGACCAGCUUGAUGAGCAAGUCAAGAUCUGGGCUAGGGACGUUAGGGAGUUGUCCUACAGCAUCGAGGACAUCAUUGAUACCUUCAUGCUACGGGCAGAUGACCUUGAUCAAUCCAAGAAAAACAUAUUCACAUGGUUAAUCAAUAAGUGCCACAAAUUGUCUGAAGUAAAGAUCCAGCAUAAAAUAGCCAAGGACAUCAAGGAUGUCAAGAUCCAAGUCAAGGCGGUGAUGGAACGACGGGAUAGGUAUAGGCUUGAUGGUGUUGUUGCUAAUCCUCCAACGAUUGUCGAUCCUCGCAUAUUGGCACUUUACGAGAAUGUUACAAAUCUUGUUGGCAUUGACAAGACAAGUGAUGAUCUAAUCAAGAGGUUGUUUGAGGGGGACGAUGAGUCCAAGAAGAAGCUUAAGUUAAUAUCCAUAGUUGGAAUUGGAGGAUUGGGUAAAACAACCCUUGCAAAGGCAGUGUUUGAGUGUCUUAAAAUGCAAUUUGAGUGUGCUGCUUUGAUUCCCGUGGGUCAGAAACCUGACAUCAAGAAAGUUUUCAAGGACAUCCUUAUUGAACUUAACAAGUACAACUAUAUGAAAUUCGAUACAAUGGCACUAAGUGAAAGAUAUCUAAUUGAUGAGCUCCGAGAAUAUCUUCACAAGAGGAGGUAUUUGAUUGUUAUUGAUGACAUAUGGGAGACAUCAACAUGGAAAAUGAUUAAAUGUGCUUUAGUUGAUAGUAAUUGUGGAAGUAGAGUAAUCACAACAACUCGUAUUUCUCAAGUUGCUGAAGAAGUUGGUAAUAUUUACCUAAUGGAACCACUUUCUGCUGACAACUCAAAAAAGUUAUUCUACAAUAGAAUGUUUGGUGCUCAAUGCAAAGGUCGAGAGGGUAAUCAACAAGCCGAGGCAACUAAAAAGAUUUUACAAAAAUGUGGUGGUGUACCAUUGUCUAUAAUUACAAUAGCUUGUUUGUUAGUUAAUAAACCAGUGGAAGACUGGUCCAGAGUAUACAACUCUAUCGGUUUUGGGCUUGAAGAUCGAAAUGAAGCAGUCCAAAACACAAGGAAGAUAUUGUCUUAUAGCUACUAUGAAUUGCCUUCACAUCUGAAGACUUGUCUGUUGCACCUAAGCAUAUUUCCAGAAGAUUGUUGGAUUGAAAAAAAAUCUUUGAUAUGGAUAUGGAUAGCCGAAGGAUUUGUCCAUGAGGAACAUGGGAAUAAGAUAUAUGAGGUAGGUGAGAGUUACUUCACCGAGCUUAUAAAUAAAGGCAUGAUCCAGCCGAUGGGCUAUGACAUUUACAGUGACACGUUUGAUGGUUGUCGUGUCCAUGACAUGGUCCUAGACCUCAUCCGCAUUUUGACAAAUGUAGAAAACUUUGUAAAAGUAUUGGACAAACCAUAUGAUGAGCACAACUUGUCUUUGCAGAUCAGUAUAGUCCGCAGGAUAGCAUUGCACAAGAGUAGCAACCUAGAAAAAAGCCAUAACCUGGCUGCUAGCAUGCCACAACUGAGAUCAUUCAAUGCCAUUAAGUGUUCCAUUAGUUUGAUGCCCCUACUUACAAGCUUCCAGGUCCUACGUGUGCUAGUACUGGAACAUUGCGAUAUCACGGGAAGUUGUCACCUGAAGCAUCUAGGGAAGCUACAUCAGUUGAGGUACCUAGGACUAAGAUACACAUGUGUUGAUUACCUACCAACAGAAAUUGGUGCCCUUGUGCAACUUCAGGCACUCGACGUAAGGAACACAGGCUUGGCAGCACUACCUGCAAGUGUUGGCAAGCUAAACAAGCUAAUGCGCCUAUGCGUCGACAGAGAGACGAGAGUUCUUGCCAGUGUUGGGAAUCUAACGUCCCUGCAAGAGCUAUCUUUGGGCCUUGUAUCGAUCGAUAUCUGCUCAAACUUCGCUGUGGAGGUGCGCAAACUGUCAGACUUAAGGAUCCUCAAGAUUAGUUGGCUUGGUGAAACAGACAAGGGCUUGCUAAAAGCCUUGGUGGAGUCUCUAUGUAGCUUGCAGAGAAUCCAGCAUCUGGAGAUUUUGUUUGGCUCGUGGGUCCUUGUAAGCCACUGGGAAGGCUGGGAGCCCCCACGGCAACUCCACAAGUUUUGUAUGGAUGGCCUCCACGUCUUCUUGCCUCGGUUGCCAUCAUGGGUGAACUCCAUGUGCAUCCCACACCUCUCCUAUCUCGAACUCCAAGUGCUGGCCAUGGAGCCGCAGGACCUAGACGUCCUAGCGAGGAUGCAAAAGCUCCGGUUCCUCCACGUGUACCUCAACACAAAAUUUUCAUGGACCGUCGCCGGUGGCGGGUUGUUUCCUAACCUGAGAUACUGUUGCACAAACAUAAUGCUCACAUUUCUACAGGGUGCCAUGCCAAUGGUCAAGCAUGUUGAAUUAUGCGUACCAGCGUCCAGGGAUAGUGUGACCAAUGAGGUUGGCUUGGGAAACCUCCCUCUGCUCGAUGUAGUCUCGGUAUUGCUCGACUGCGAGAGUGCCACAGGCAGGGUGGUGGUGGAAGUGGAGGCGGCAUUGAGGAGAGAGGUUAACGCGCACCCUAACAAUCCCACCAUUCAAGUUAACUGGUUUACGCACCUAAGGAGAAGAUGGUUUUAAUAAAUCAAGUGUUACUGCAGCUUAAAUUAAACAUUUUUGUAAGGAAAACAGUAGCAACAGGGGGGAGGAGAACUGCAGGGAUAAUCUUGGUGGCAGCCUGCUCUCCGGUUGCAUGAAGAUGACAUGAGGACCAGCCUCCUCCGGUAGACUUGGGCGCCAGAACAGGAUGAUUAUGUAGUGUGUUGACAAUUAUUUUGCUCUCAAUAUUUAUCCGCGAGAUUCAUGUGUUCAGUAUCUAUUAUAUACUAAAAGUCCAUUAAACUUCC